AUGGGGCAGCCCGGGAACCGCAGCGUCUUCUUGCUGGCGCCCAACGGAAGCCACGCGCCGGACCAGGACGGCACGCAGGAACGAAACGACGCGUGGGUGGUGGGCAUGGGCAUCGUCAUGUCGCUCAUCGUCCUGGCCAUCGUGUUUGGAAACGUGCUGGUCAUCACGGCCAUCGCCAAAUUCGAGCGUCUGCAGACGGUCACCAACUACUUCAUCACCUCCCUGGCCUGUGCUGACCUGGUCAUGGGCCUGGCGGUGGUGCCCUUUGGGGCCAGCCACAUCCUCAUGAAAAUGUGGACCUUUGGCAACUUCUGGUGUGAGUUUUGGACUUCCAUUGACGUGCUGUGUGUCACGGCCAGCAUUGAGACCCUGUGCGUGAUCGCCGUGGAUCGCUACUUUGCUAUCACGUCGCCCUUCAAGUACCAGAGCCUGCUGACCAAGAAUAAGGCCCGGGUGGUCAUUUUGAUGGUGUGGAUCGUGUCGGGGCUUACCUCCUUCUUGCCCAUCCAGAUGCACUGGUACCGGGCCACCCACCAGGAAGCCAUCAACUGCUAUGCCAAGGAGACCUGCUGUGACUUCUUCACGAACCAAGCUUAUGCCAUCGCCUCCUCCAUUGUGUCCUUCUACCUACCCCUGGUGGUCAUGGUCUUCGUCUACUCCAGGGUCUUUCAGGUGGCCCAAAGGCAGCUCCACAAGAUCGACAAAUCUGAGGGGCGCUUCCACGCCCAAAAUCUCAGCCAAGUGGAGCAGGAUGGGCGGAGCGGGCAUGGACAUCGCAGGGCCUCCAAGUUCUGCUUGAAGGAGCACAAGGCCUUGAAGACUUUGGGCAUCAUCAUGGGCACAUUCACCCUGUGCUGGCUACCCUUCUUCAUCGUCAACAUAGUGCACGUGAUCCAGGAUAACCUCAUCCCUAAGGAAGUUUACAUCCUCCUAAACUGGGUGGGCUACGUCAACUCUGCUUUCAAUCCCCUUAUCUAUUGCCGGAGCCCAGACUUCAGGAUUGCCUUCCAGGAGCUUCUGUGCCUGCGCAGGUCGUCUCUGAAGGCCUAUGGGAAUGGCUACUCCAACAACAGUAACAGCAGAACAGACUAUGCUGGGGAACACAGCGGAGGUCCCCUGGGGCAGGAGAAAGACAGCGAAGUGCUGUGUGAGGACCCCCCAGGCACGGAAAACCUUGCAAACCGUCAAGGUACUGUGCCUAACGAUAGCAUUGAUUCACAAGGGCAGAACAGUAGCACAAACGACUCACUGUUGUAAGGCGGGUUUUUCUACUUUUUAUGACCCCCCCCCCCCAGCCAAACACUAAACAGACUAUUUAACUUG